AUGAGAAACCCGACGGAUAUGGGCACCGCUGUUGCAUCGCAGUCGCCCACAGACGUUUUGCGCCCAUCCACGUCCGUGGAGACGAUGAUGUCGCUCACUGUGCCUGCCGCGAGCUCUCGCCAAAGCACAUCCUCGUGGUUGCCAACUCGGCUUACCUCAUCCUACUGUGUCCUGAGCGCGGCUGGGCUGCAGGAGGACUUCUACACAAGCUGUCUAUCCUGGGGGACCAACCAGAUAGCGCUGGCGUUGCAGGAGGAUCUCGUGUUGUUUCAUCCGAGUCACCCGCGGCAGGCUUCUUCGACGGCACGCAUUUCGACCCCUCCUGCUCUCGGGGAAGCUGACAGCAAUACCGGCACAGGGUCCUCUGCUGCCUUCUCGGGCCCGCGGCGCGCGACUGCGGUGGCGAUGACCCGCUUUCAGGAGACGUCCUGCUUCCUGGGCAUGUCAAACGGCGCUGUGGAGCUCUACGAAGGACGCGGGGAUGGCACACUGCAGCGCACCGUCGCCUUCGCUAUGCCACCGCCGCCGACAGGCUACCUGAGCUCACUCGUGCUCGGUAGUGAGGAUUGCGGUGGCGCAGCGUCGCCGACGUCUCGCGCGGCGCGUGCACUUUGUCUCCUCAGAUCCUCUGUCUCGUCCAUCAGCUGUGUGGGCACCAGCAGUCGCCAUCCUUGGCUGGGGUCUGCAGCCACUGCCGCCCGCGGACUGAUCACCCUGGAUGCAAGGCAGGUGCAGCCCGCCAUCCGCUUCGGCACGGACGCCGAGCUUAGCCGAGACGAGGGCGCACCGCGCUCAUCCUCGGUGAGUGCGUCAGAUUCGUCUGCUGUUAGCGGCGGACUCAGCAAGCUGCAGCGCGCCGCCUCGUUUCUCCGGAAGCACGAUCGACUGUGCAGUGUGUCAUGGAACGCGACAGGCUCGCUGGUGGCGACUGGCAGUGGAAGUGGUAUUGUAAAGGUGUGGUCCCUAAGCGCGCCGCAGCGCCCCUUGCACACCUUCCUCGUUGAUCAGGACUGCUCUGUGAAAGCACUGUGCUUCCACCCGGGGAGUCCGUAUGUGCUGCUCGUGGGGGCCUCCGCUGGCGCGGCGGGGCUGCGGACGUACGACUUGUCCGGCGCCGAACCCGUUUUGACUUCCACUGGUGCGACGGCUGCUCCUGUGACGCAGGCCUUGUACGACCCUGAGGGCAACUACGCAGUGACCGGGGCCGGGGUCCCCUUGUCGCCCGUCUCGUCUUCGUUACCACCACCGCCUUUCCCAGUGCUGGCCGCUCACGCAGAGCUUGGUGCAACAGGCGGUGGCAGUGGUAGCGGCUUUCAUGAGCACGGCACUGGCUGGCACCGCUCCUCGUCAACUCGCCCCAGCGCGACCAGCAGCAGCAGCGCCAUCGGCGCAUCUGGCGGCGCCACUCUCCUGCAUGACUCAUGGGGCGAGAUGGAGAUGCCGGCGUCUCCUCUGAGCGCGACUCUCGACACGACCGCCGGGCUUGCUGGCGCCCUUGCCAGUGAAAGCAGCGGCAACUCAGCUGCUGCACACAGCGCGCCACCGAAUGCGCUAGUGGUGUGGCGUUGCGGCACCCGGCUCCGCGAGAAUUACCUCCGCGACGCUCUUCUCCAGCGCAGCGACCGGCGGAGAAACAGCACAGGCGGCCGAGACGACUUUGCUCGGCACGGCGACGACGCAAGCGACGACGACAGUGACGAUGUUGCCCAAGUGGACUGCCUCGCCCGAGGUGGUUUGCGGGAUUCGACCGUCGUCGCGGACGACGGCCACAGCAGCGAUAUCGGUUAUCCGAGAUCGGAGUGGAUGCCAAUGUACGCCCUCCCUGGCCAUCGUGCGCGGCCGCUGCUUAUUUGCGCUCCCUUUCCGCAGUCCCCGUUUGCCGGCUGCUACGCGUCCAUUGCCGGUGGCGAGGAUGGCACAAUCCGUUUUUGGCGUUUCUUCGAAACCACCUCGGAUGCCACACACUGGCAGCACCGCCGCCAAGCGCAGCAGCAGUCAGCGACGACCCAGGAGGACAUGGAUUUACUCGCCACCCCAGUGCUGCGGUGA